GUCCCCGCGCUCCUCUGUCCCUCUCGCCGCAGCCCGGACCUCGCCCGCCGGCCCGCGCUCGCCCCCGCCAUGCCGAACAUCGUGCUGUUCAGCGGCAGCUCCCACCACGACCUGUCCCAGCGGGUGGCCGACCGGCUCGGGCUGGAUCUGGGCAAGGUGGUCACCAAGAAAUUCAGCAACCAGGAAACCAGUGUAGAGAUUGGUGAAAGUGUGAGAGGGGAAGAUGUAUAUAUUAUCCAGAGUGGCUGUGGAGAAAUAAAUGACAACUUAAUGGAACUACUCAUCAUGAUCAAUGCUUGCAAGAUUGCAUCAUCCUCCAGAGUGACUGCUGUAAUUCCAUGUUUUCCAUAUGCCAGGCAAGAUAAGAAAGACAAGAAGGGGUCCGUGGAGCGUUGGAGUCGUGCACCAAUCUCUGCAAAACUUGUUGCCAACAUGUUGUCAGUUGCAGGGGCUGACCACAUCAUCACCAUGGACUUGCACGCUUCUCAGAUCCAGGGUUUCUUUGACAUUCCAGUAGAUAACCUGUAUGCAGAACCUGCAGUGCUGCAGUGGAUUAAAGAGAACAUUCCUGAGUGGAGAAAUUGUAUCAUAGUCUCACCUGAUGCAGGUGGUGCAAAAAGGGUUACUUCAAUUGCUGAUAGACUGAAUGUGGAAUUUGCUCUCAUUCAUAAGGAAAGAAAGAAGGCAAAUGAAGUGGACAGAAUGGUCUUGGUUGGUGACGUGAAAGAUAGAGUAGCAAUUCUUGUCGAUGAUAUGGCUGACACAUGUGGCACAAUAUGUCAUGCAGCAGAGAAGUUGGUGUCUGCUGGAGCUACUAAAGUUUAUGCCAUUCUCACUCAUGGCAUCUUUUCUGGUCCUGCCCUCUCUCGGAUUAAUAAUGCUUCGUUUGAGGCUGUUGUGGUAACCAAUACAAUCCCCCAAGAGGAGAAAAUGAAACACUGCCCAAAAAUACAGUUUAUUGACAUUUCCAUGAUCCUGGCAGAGGCAAUUCGAAGAACACACAAUGGUGAAUCUGUGUCCUACCUGUUCAGUCAUGUGCCCUUGUAACUGCAGGAGAUUACACUGCAAAGGUCCCUUAAGCUAGCACUGUUUUUAAUGAUGGACAUCAACCACAAGAAAUGAGUAUCUUUGUACAAUUCCAGAGCUUGUAUGUUUAAUUAUUAUAUUUGUCUUGAAAUCACCACUUGUUUGUUAUAAAUGGGCAAUAAAUCUCCAUCUUGAAGCAACCUUA